AUGGCCGGGGACGACGAGCUCCUCCGGGGGCUCGGCGUCACCGCCAGAGGGGAGCGUGAGCUCGCGCGGGACGUGAUCCGCGACGCCGCGGCGGCCGCGGCGGCGCGCGAAGACGCCCGGCGCGGCGGCGACCCCGGGCGGGUCGACGGGCACGUCGACGCCGUCUCGAUCGGCGGUGACGGGGGCGGCGCGGGGGCGGCCGAGCGCGGGCCGGGCGACGGGCCCGCGGCACGAACGCUCGCGCGCCUUCGCGACGAGUCCGAGCGCCUCGAGAGGGAGCUCGCGGCGGUGCGCGAUGCCCUCGACGAGGUUCGGCGACGCACCCUCGACGGCGACGCCCCCGUCGACGCCGCGCUGCAGAUCGCCGUGGGCGAGCGCCGGGUCCAGGGCCUCGCCGACAAGCGCGACGCGCUCGACGCGAACCUCCGAGAGGCGGAGGAGAACGCCGUCGCCGAGGCGAGCGAGCGCGCGCGCGCCAGCCCCGGGGCUCCAAAGUCCCCAACUCCCGGCAUCGACACCAACACAUCCGGAAAAAGCGACCAACCCACCGAAACCGCCGGUAGACGCCGAGCCCGCCGAGCCCCCGCGGCCGUCGUCGUUCGCGAGGACGACGACUUCGACGCGCUCAUGGACACCCUCGAGGGUCGAACCGCCGGUAACGGUAACAGCGCCCGGGGGGACAUCGGCGAGACCGAGCGCGAGCGCCUCAUCCGCACCGGCGUCAUCACCCCGUUCGACGCGCUCGCCGGCUUCGAGAGGCGAGCCAACGACGACGCCGCGGCGGAUGCGCACGUCGCGUCGAUGUCCGCGUGGAAAGCCGGCCGCGGCGCCACGAAACUCCUCGAAGGCGACGCCGUCCCCAAGCAGCGCCCGGAGGCGAGGGAGUUCGGCAGGCGACCGAGGCGGCACGCCGCGCCCGGGCUGGACGCCAAGGUGGCGGCGAAGAGGAGGGAGUGGCGGAGAGCCGCGGCGGAGCGGGAGGGGGGCGGGGCGGGCGGGUCGCGCGGUACGAACAAAAGCGGGGGCAAAACCCGUCGACGCCGGCGCCAGAGGGACGCGGCGUACAGCAGCGACGAGGAAGACUCCGACGAGGGGGACUCGGAGACGGCGGAGGAAGAGGAGGGGGCGGAGGAGGAGGAGGAGGAGGACGGCGACGGGGAUUUCAUCGUCCCAAAGGUUGACCCGGAAUCGGCGCCCCGCUCCCUCCCUCGGUGGCCGUGUCCCGCGUGCACGUUCGCCAACCCCGGCGAAAGGGAUGCGUGCGAGCUGUGCGAGACGCCCAGGCCCCCGGCGGACGACCGUUACGACCGUUACGACGACGACGACGACGUGCAGUUCGUGCGGGAGAUUGCGGUGACGUCCAAUCGGCGCCGACGCCGACGACCCGCCCCCGUUUCCGCCGCCGACCCCCAACCCCCGGCGCCCAAACGCGGACGUGGCCCCCGGGUGAAGACCGAGCCCUCUUCUUUGGGGGUCGAUGCGCGUCGUCCGUCCGCGGCGCCGCCGCCGCCGCGGCGCGCGGCGCGGGUCGCCGCGAGGAACGCCGGGCGGGCGGCGGCGGCGGAGGCGGACGGGGAGGCGUUCGGCGAUGGCAGCGAGUCCGAAUACGCCGACGACGACGACGACGCCGACGCCGACGACGAUGACGAUGACGAGGUUGAGGAGGAGGAGGAGACCGAGGGCGACGAGGACGCGGGGGGAGAGGGCGAGGGUGAGGAGCCCCCGGCGCGCGCCCCGAGAUCCCGGCGCGCGCCCCGCCGACACCCCCGCCAGCCGGCCGAGGAGGACGAUGACGACGACGACGAGGAGGAGGAGGAGGAGGACAUCAUCUUCGACGGGGGCCUUCGCAUCCCCUCGGGGACGUACGCCCGGCUCCUCGAGCACCAGCGCACGUCCAUCAAGUGGCUCUGGGAGCUCCACUGCCAGCGCGCGGGCGGGAUCAUCGGCGACGAGAUGGGCCUCGGGAAAACCGUGCAGGUGUCGGCGUUUCUGUGCGCGCUGGAGCGGAGCGGGCUGUACCGCCCCACCCUGGUGGUCUGCCCGGCGACGAUGCUCCGGCAGUGGAGGCGGGAGCUCCGUGCGUGGGCACCGGCGCUCCGCCCGGUGAUCCUGCACGAGUCUGCGGUGUCGCAGAGCGCCCUCGCGGACGCUCGCGGAAACAAAAAGUCGGCCCGGCUCAAGCUGCUGCGCGAUUGCGUAGCCGACGCGAAGGGCGUCCUGCUGACCACGUACGAGCACCUUCGCUUGAUGCGGGAUCACGUGCUGAGCGUGCGGUGGGGGUACGCGGUGUUGGACGAGGGGCACAAGAUUCGAAACCCCGACGCCGACGUCACCAUAUGCGCCAAGCAGCUGCAGACGGUGCACCGGCUGAUCAUGACGGGCGCGCCGAUUCAGAACCGCCUGUCGGAGCUCUGGAGUCUCUUUGACUUUUGCUUUCCCGGUAAGCUCGGGACGCUGCCGGUGUUCCAGGCGCAAUUCGCGGUGCCGAUCCAGCUCGGCGGGUACUCUAACGCGUCGCAGCAGCAGGUGGUGACCGCGUACCGCUGCGCGACGAUGCUCAAGGACCUGAUCUCUCCGUACCUCCUUCGCCGGAUGAAGGCAGAUGUCAACAUAAACCUGCCAAAGAAGACGGAGCAGGUGCUGUUCUGUCCAAUGACCGGCGAGCAACGCGAGGCGUACAGGUCAUACAUACACUCCAGGGACGUCGAGGAGAUACUGGAGGGACGAAGGGAGGCGCUGGGGGGGAUCGACGUCCUGCGGAAGAUUGUCAAUCACCCCGACCUUCUCGAGCGCACCACCCAAGCUCACUCGGAGAAGUACGGGGAGGCUGAGCGAAGCGGGAAGCUCCUCGUCACGGAGAAGGUCCUGGGGCUGUGGCGCGAGCAGGGGCACAGGUGCCUCCUGUUCAGCCAGACGCAGCAGAUGCUGGACAUCCUCGAGGCGGCGAUCGCGAGGGCCGGGUACACGUACAGGCGAAUGGACGGGACGACCCCGGUGAGUCACCGCAUGCGACUCAUCGACGAGUUCAACGGCGACGACGACGUCUUCGUGUUUCUCCUCACCACGAAGGUGGGGGGUCUCGGGGUCAACCUGACGGGCGCGGACCGGGUGCUCCUCUACGAUCCGGACUGGAAUCCGAGCACGGACGCCCAGGCUCGCGAGCGCGCGUGGCGAAUCGGGCAGACGAAGGAGGUCACCGUGUACCGACUCAUCACGGCGGGGACAAUCGAGGAAAAAGUCUACCACCGGCAAAUCUACAAGGAGUUUCUCACGUCGAAGGUCCUGAAGGACCCGAAGCAGCGGCGGUUCUUCAAGGCGAAGGACCUCGCGGACCUGUUCACGUGGGAGGAGGACAACGCAAACACGAAGCCGGGCAAGGAGGACGCCAUCGAGACCGCGGAGCUCUUCACCGAGGUCGAGGCGGAGAUUCGCGCCGCCGACGUCGCCGGUUCCGAGUCCGACGCCGACGACUUUCGCUCCGACGCAGCCGGCGAAGACGGCAAAGUCGGCACCGAAAAGUCGGCACCCGAGGCCGGGGGAUGGGGCGCGGGGGACCCGGACCUCGUGCCCAACGGCGUGGCCCCGGGUGGGUCCGUCCCGGGGGGUCCCUCCCGAUUCAGGAUGGAGCGGGACCGGUUGGUCGGUUCAAACAACCGGGACGGGGGCGGCGGAUCCGGGGCGGCGGCGAGGGACGGGGGCGACGCGGCCAUCAUGCGGUCGCUCUUCGGCGGGGGCGGAGACGGUGGGAGUGGGGCGGCGGGGACGAUCCGCGGCGCCAUGAACCACGACGCCAUCAUGGGGGCGGCGGGGGGCGGGAGGGACCACGUCACGUCGGGGCAUCACGCGCGCGUCGCCGCCGAGCGAACGGCGAGGGCGGCGGCGGAGGCGGUGCGGGCGUCGUCGCGGGGGAGAGCCAACGUGGCGGUGCCGACGUGGACGGGGCGAUCGGGAGCCGCGGGUGCGCCCCCCGGGUCGGGGGGUGGGAGGUUCGGGCGCGCGCCGCUGGGGGGCGGCGGGGGGGGCGGCGGGGGAGUGGGAGGAGCCGGCAUCGGAGCCGGCAUCGUCGGCGCCAGCCGCGGCGGGAUGGGUUCGCAGACUUUGCUGCAGCGGAUCCGCGAGAGGGACGCCGCCGCCGGGACGGUGACGGCGAUGGCGCGCGGGGUCUCCCCGGGCACCGACGGGGACGGCGGUUCGGUCACGGACGACGAGUCGGACGGCGACGCGGGCGGCGGCGCGACUCGAGCCGACGCGGAGAAGAUCCUCGACGACAUCUGUCGUUUUCUGCGGGACCGGCCGGGGGGCGCGGCUCCCACGGGGCUCAUCGUCGACGCGUUCGGUCACGCGGUGAGGGACAAGGGACUGUUUCGGAGGCUUCUCAAACAGGCCGCGAGGCUGGAGAAAGGCGCGGGGACGGCGCAGUGGGUGCUCCGGGACCACUUCGCGUGA